AUGUGGCAACUACAAGGAUAUUUCAACAACUUAUUGAGCAGCUCCGAGAAGAAGGAGGCAGGUGGCCCCCCCCAACCACACCAGAAAAGAGGCUAUUAUUUGAGCAAACAACAUAAGGGAGGGGAGGAACACAUGGAAAGAUGGAAGUACCUACAUGAGGCGUAUAAGGGUUCCGAACAGGCCCUAGAAAAAGUAUGGAACUUUAGUGCGGGGGUCUGUUUGGGUCUAGAAAUGAUAGGAGCGCACAUGGACAGAAUCUCUAGCAGACCAGAACGAUACAGGUGGGGGGAAUGCACAGUCAGCAGAACAGGAAGAGGAGCCGCGAGGAGUCAACACAGCAAGGAGUGUCACAAACCAAGCGGACACUUUCAUUGGAGUGGGUUGACCUACACAAGCAGAUUAAAGAAUAACAAUGAGAGAGAUCGUACUUUCUUGGCUUGUAGAGAGGUCGUAACAAUGUUGAUGGGUUACUUCCAGAUGACCAAUACGGGGGAAAGGAAGGCCAGCGUAAUAAAAGAAUCCAAUCCAUGUUCCAAAUUCUAUGAGCAGUUAAGGAAGUGGGGAGGAAUGACACUGGCUGAAAAAAUCAUGGAUACGUGGUUUGUGGACCAAUCCAAAGGGACAGCCGGGCAAUCUCACGAAUUAUUGGGCGAAAAAGAUGUUUAUGAAGUUAUAACUGAGUUCCUUUAUGGGGAAAAUUCGGGGGACAAAGAAAUCUAUUGCACGAAAAACGGAAGGCACCAGGAACUCGGCGCAGGAGAACAAGUGAGGUAUUUAACAGAAAUAGGCCAGACAGGAGGAAUGGGACAGUGCGGAACCGGAGACAAGGACUGUUUGUCCCGGAUGGAAGAAGUUAUAGAAACGUUACACAGAAACACCGCGAGGGGUGGUGACCCCAAAAGAAGUGACACCGAAACAGUCGGGUCAACAGCCCGGGACACCUCAACACCAGACCAACAUAAAACCAAUUCUCCAGACCAAGACUUUACCAUAAAACCGAGAGGACAUGAACAAAGCGAAGGAGGCAGCACCGGUAGUCAUAUCUCUGAGGGCGAGGAUGGAGGCUCGGGCAGCGUGGGGCACAUUAUAGCAGGGGCAGGGGCGACUCUAAUGGCUAUAGUGGGAGCCUAUGGAUAUUAUCGUAUUUUCCACGCCGGACAGAUUGUUAGACGAAAAAGGGGAAGGCGGAGAGACCUUCGUGUCUCCAUUGCUUAG